UUAACUAAAGUUAGGGGACUUCACAAACUAUUCCUCUAAACUCCUCAAUCAAUCCGCAGCUUUUAUUGUCCCCAGCGAGGCCAGGGACUUCUUCGUCAGAAAGAAAAACACUGAACCAGAGUCAGAACCAGAGAAAAAAAAAAAAAAUGGGAUCAUUUUUAUCUAGCAUGUUAGGAGGAUCUGAGGGUCAAGAUUCAUCAGCAUCAUCAGAAUCUUCUUCUGGUAUCAGCUCUUUUCAUUCUUCAGCAAGAUGGCAGCUCCACUUCAAUGGCUGCAAAGAUUCUUCCCAACUGAUGGUGAUAGAUUUUGCUGCAAGUUGGUGUGGUCCCUGCAAGUUUAUGGAGCCUGCAGUACAAGAGAUGGCUAAUAAAUUUUCAGAUGUUCAGUUUGCCAAAAUUGAUGUAGAUGAGUUAUCUGAUGUGGCACAGGAAUUUAAGGUGCAGGCCAUGCCUACAUUUGUGUUGGUGAAGCAAGGGAAGGAAGUGGAUAGAGUGGUUGGUGCUAAGAAGGAUGAACUUGAGAAGAAAAUUGUGAAAUACAGAGCUCUUUAAAGAGGGUUUUCUAUGCUUAUAAUUUCUUUGUAUUUCUAAUUCAAAAGAAUAAUUGCUUAAAGAUGAGUUUAUGCUACUUGAUGUUAUUGAAUCCAAUGUUGCUUGUGGGUAUGAUUGAACUUUAUAUUGUUGGCUGUAUUGUUUUCUCUGAGUAGUACUGCUAUGUAUUUUGUUUUCCAAA